AUGGUUAACAACAGACGUCCAGAAAAAAAUCGAACUCAUUGGAAUAAUGUUUCUAUUAAGGGAUUUGUAUUCAUAGUGAUCGUUUUGAUAUGUGCCCCCGUGACGUCAUAUGCCGAUCCAACGGAUACCGAWGCUAAUAAUACGAUUACAAUAAAUUGCUCGGGCCUGAAGACGUGCAAAAAGUGCACCGAACAGGAAUCGUGUCUUUGGUCGCUGGAACGUCAAACGUGCUUUACCGACUAUGGAACGCCACUAUUGUUGACCGUACGUACAGAGACUGAAUGUCCAUGUAUUUUGGUGAUCUCGACGGUGACAUACGCGUCUGAUUUGCCUUAUGUUUACGCCGUGAAGGUGUCCAACGACGUGACCGGGUUCAUGGAAUUUCUUGAGCAGACACGAGUGUCGUGCGUCACGUUGGACGUAACGCGUCCCGCUAADGUGUUUGGUGACGUGAUCAGUUGCGCGCCGGUGAACCGGUCCGAUCUAGGCUUUGACCAGCAGACGUUGAUGACCUACCACUGUUACGUGAUUUUCGGCGAAGGCGACACAAUACUGCGGCUGGACGAUGGUACACACAGUUACUUCACGGUGUACGACGAAUACCACAACGGAUACCGGCCGGACGAAAGUUGUGUGACCUGUCUCUGGGACGUGGGCCACUUCGCAUACUAUUACAAGUGGUGUUCUAGCAAGAACUUGGUUACGGGCCGGUAUAGGUUCUUCGUUGGUUACAGCGACACCGACCACAAAGCCGUUAUGCCGGUCAGCGACCACCUUUCGGCCACGGUGCCGGCGUCGUCCAAUUGCAACGACGUGCGUAUCCAGUCGGUGGAACCGUUGUCCGCACUGUGGACGGGAGGCCAGCAAGUGAAAUUUACGGUCAACAACCAUUUGAUCUUGGCUGACAGCGUUAACGAAGUAGUCACUGUGACCGUGGCCGGGCGUGACUGCGUGCGACCGACGAUAGUGGAUCGCAAGAAUAGCCAAGUCACGUGCCUGCUGACCGCACCCCACCACGGUGUCGUAAGACCACAAGCUGAUGUGCAAGGCCCGGUGCUAAUCACUUAUCAGCUAUCUUCGCUUACGGUCGAGUCGGCGCAAACAUUUCGGUUUGUCUACCCAGAGAUCACGGACAUCAGCCCAUUGUGCGGCCCGCUGACCGGCGGCACGCUGCUCACAGUUCGUGGACGACACUUGGAUGCUGGCAGUCUAGUGACCAUAGUGAUGGCCGUUGGUAACGGAAUACCAUCGUCGGUGCCGUGUGAAGUGAUUGCCCGGCACAACAACCGCAUACUGUGCCUGACCGGUCCAUCAAACAAGCCCGCGGCCGGAACAAUUAACGUGGUGUUCGAUAAAAUUCUUAGCGUACAGGAUGGUACAAAUGGUCCACUAAUGUUUAUCUACACCACUGGGCCCGUAUUGGCCGCUGGUCAACAGUUUGGAGGCAUCGCGUCCGGUGGUACGAUCGUGCCGGUCCGUGGAACUGGUUUUGCCUGUGUCAGUGAUGCAACGAUGUAUGUGGACCGUGACGGCAUCCGCCGAGUUGCCAUUGGUCACUGCCACCUAGUUAACGAUACGUAUAUGGAUUGCAGUACUCCGAAACUGGACGGGCCGAAAGCCGGUGCCUUGCCGGAACGGCUAAGUUUUGGGUUCCACGUUUGGCACGCCUACGGUCACGUUUCCGAUAUGCCACCGUCGCCGGACACUGAUGGGUAUAUGGCUCACCCCGACCCUGUGUUAACAGACUUUUUCGUGGUACCCGCUAGCAGGUCCGUACUGAUCAAUGGACUAAAUUUGGGCCGCGGUUACCGAACUACCGACGUUGUGGUUGUCCAGUUUUCGAAGAACCUGACCGAAGCUGCUUGUAAUGUGACCUCUAUUACCUCGAGCCACAUCAUAUGUGACUCGGAAUCACCGRCUAGACUGAAUCGCGCCCCUUUUCUAGUCGUCACCAUUGGCGACCAGUUGGACUACACGGUCAAUAGAAGAACGAACAUCAAUCAGCCUAAGUCGUUUGGAUUUCUUUUCGUCAUAUGGAUUCUCGUGUCCAUCACCUUGAUGUUCUGCUACUAUAAGCUUAAAUCCAUGAACAUUGCACAUUUAGCAAAUACUAUUUAA